GUGCAGGACAAAUGGUAAAAGAAGAAGUGCAAGGCUGGAUUCAACAUGUACAAACCAUCAAUGAAGACGUACGUGCAAGCUAUUUUAGAGAAGGCGCAUAGAGUUAAAUGGCGCAGAAAAGCUUGUCUUGGGAAACAUGUUCGUAGAAAAAUUGACGUGGUAAAAGCAAUCCAUGAACAAGGUAGUUUUACUGAAGGCCUUGUAAUUGCAAGAGCUCCUCCCCAAGGAAUCAUAAUUCCAACAGAGAAUUUAGUGGGUGAAAUUUCUACUAAAGAUAAAAUUUGGGAGUACUUGAUGGGUGAUGAGGUUGGAAUAAUUGGAGUUUGUGGGAUUGGUGGAGUUGGAAAGAGUACAAUCAUAAAGAAUGUCUACAAUGAUUUGCAGAGGGAGACUAGAUUUCAGAAAGUGAUCUGGGUUACUGUAUCACAUCCUCUUAAUGUUUCUGAAUUACAAAAUAAGAUUGCUGGUGCUAUGGGCGAAAGUCUUCAGGAAGAUGAAGAAGUGAUGAUGAGAGCCGCAGCACUAAUGGAUAAAAUGAGAAGAGUGAAAUUUGUACUAAUAUUAGAUGAUGUAUGGGAAAAGCUUUCAGUCAAGGAUGUUGGAAUCCCAAAACCAACUGUGCAGAAUGGGUGCAAAGUAAUUAUCACUAGUAGAUCGACAGAAGUAUACAGUUAUUUAGAUUGUAAGAUUGUUAAAGUGCAACCUCUUUCACAAGAGGAAUCUCUAACUCUGUUCCUCAAUAAGGUUGGACGUGAUGUUUUACAAAUUUCCGGAUUGGAAGAAAUCUUGAAGCUAAUUGUGAAUGAGUGUGCUGGUUUACCACUUGCUAUUGUUGUGAUAGCAGGAAGCAUGAAAGGAGUGGAUGAUAUUAAGGUGUGGAGAAAUGCCCUGACAGAGUUACAAAAAGGUGUUAAGAGUGUGAAAGGUUCGGAAGAUGAGAUAUUUGUGCGGUUACGAUUUAGUUAUGACCGUCUGGGAAAUUCAAAAAUCCAAAAAUGUUUUCUGUACUGCUCCUUAUUCCAAGAAGAUUUUGAGUUUUCUAAAAAGGAGUUGAUAGAAGAUUGGAUUGAUGAAGAACUGAUUGAUGAGUUGGGAAGUAGACAAGCAGCUUAUGAUAGCGGUCAUACUAUUUUAAAUAGUCUUCAACAUAAUUUCUUGUUAGAGGAAUGUGUUAGCAGUGAUAGAGUUAAGAUGCAUGAUGUUGUGAGAGACAUGGCUAUCAAAAACAUCAGUCCUGAAUUUGGAUAUAUGGUAAAAACUGGUAUGAAAUUGAAGAAGGUACCAAAUGAGAAUGAGUGGGUAAGAAAUCUUAAGAAGGUAUCUCUAAUGGCAAAUGAAAUUUCCAAAAUUCCUGUUGGUUUGUCACCGAAGUGUCCGUUGCUGUCAACUUUGAUAUUGUCAAAAAAUCUUAAUUUGUUAGAGAUUCCAAGUUCCUUUUUUGAAGGUAUGGUCGAACUUAAGGUUCUUGAUCUUUCUUAUACUGGUAUUAAAGCUUUACCUGAUUCUAUCUCUAACUUGGUGAAUCUCUCUGCACUGCGGUUGAGGAGGUGCAAGAGGUUAAAGUGCUUGCCUUCCUUAACAAAGCUCAGGGCAUUGAAGAAGUUGGAUCUGCAUAUGGCAGGGAUAGAGGUGGUCCCUGAAGGCAUGGAGAUGUUGGUAAGUCUUGAAUAUCUUGAUUUAAAUUGUCACAAUCUGAAAGAGAUUCCAACAGGAAUAUUACCUAGCCUUUCCAGUCUCCAGCACUUGGUUGUAUAUCCAAGCCGCGCAAUUACUAGAAGGAUAAAUAUAGAAGAGGUUGCUGGAUUGAAAAAUUUGGAGAGUUUGGAAUGUGCAGUGGAGGGCAUACAAGACUUCGACUAUCUUGUCAAUAAGUCCAAAGAUUUGGAAAGUCUUACAGCUUAUGAUCUUCGACUGAUAACAGAUGAAGGAGGAAUGGCAAUGUAUGACUUCUUUCCUGGCUAUGAACGUACGGUUGCAAUUAAUGGGCGUGAGAUUGGAGAAGAAUGUGUAGUGCUUCCAAAUACUCUUGAGAAUUUGUGGAUCUCUCAUUGUAAAAACAUGAAAAACAUGAGAUGCAGUUUAAACAAAAUAGUUUUGUUAGAAAAUGCAACCGAGUUGAGAAGGUGUACGAUUAGUUCUUUAGAAGGGAUGGAGUGUGUGUUUGAGUUGGACUCAUCUUCCUCCUCAUUGUGUUGUCCAGUACCGGAUAAGCUUGAAAUCUUGGAUCUUAGGAGCUUGCUUAACUUGAGUGCACUUGUGAGAGUGGAAGGAGUAGCAACACCACCGCACAUCUUUUCCAAUCUUAAAAGUCUUCUAAUAAGUACUUGUCCAAGAAUGAGGAAGUUGUUUCCACUUGAGCUCUGGCAUGCCUUCCAAAACUUAGAGAAGAUUAAUGUUGACAACUGCGAACAAAUGGAGGAGAUAAUAGCACCAUCAGAUUUAGAUGAUACAUCAUCCAAUAAAUUCACUUUUCCCAAGUUAAGGGAAUUGCAUUUGUCAUCUUUAGACCAAUUGAAGAGCAUCUGCAGUGGUAAAGGAGUUAUGGAUUGUGAUUCUAUUGAAGUUAUUCAACUAUUUAAAUGUCCGAAGUUAAAGAGGAUCCCUUUACAGCUUCCUCUGCUUGGUAAUGAUCAGCCAUCUCCUCCUCCUUGUCUCAGAAGAAUCCCGAUAGAUGAAAAGUCAAAAGAAUGGUGGGAAUCAGUGGUUGAGUUGGAUCAUCCUAACGCUAAAAACAUAUUGCAACCUUUCUUGAAAUUUAUUACACGUCGUGAAUGGUGGUAAGGGGUUGAUUGAUUUAUUCCAAUUUGAAUUUGAAUUGUUUAGUUGCUUAAAAUUUCUGUCAUCUAAUCUAAAAGCAGAGUUGUUGACAAAUCUUCAAUUUUCAGCUACCCAUAAAAAAGUCACGUGCGA